UCCACUUUUUGCCUGUCGUUUUUCGUGAGUGUUGACUUUUUCAAUAAUCUACAUUAAUAAAAAUGGAAGUGGAAGUGGGGAAAGAGCAAGAAGUCGCGGAUUUGCGCGUACUGCUCCAGUCAUGGAAUGUUGCCGAUCUGCUCCCACGCUUGAAAGAGCGGGCCAUCGGCGUAGACGAACUGCACAUGAUGAAACCACAUCACAUGUCUGAGCUGCUCGAGAAUGUUGGCUUGGGAGAGCGCAUACGCUUCGAGCAUCACCUGGAGCGCUGGCGCCUUUGCCUAAACUGGCCCCUCCACGUUGUACGGGAGCAGAAGCACUGCCAUUGCGCGACUGACCGCGCUGUGGACACUGCCCAUUCCGAUGAUUCAUUGGCUAACUCAAACGCCGAAACCGUGCAGGCCAACAUUGAACCUGAGCAAAGCGAAUCGAAGAAGCAAAGCGUCGAUGAGGACCAGAAGCUGGAAGCGCUUACAGUGCUGGGCAUUCUAAAAGCCGGAGGCACGCGCUCCCAGUCGCUGCUCGAUCUCGUUGGACAGCAAAAGUGCCUGGAUGCAGGGCAGCGGCGGCUGCUCAUCCGGCUGAUUUCCGACCACUACUUAGACAGCGGUCAGCGAUUGUCGCUGCCGUUCAGCUACCAACUGGAGGAGGAGAUACUGCGCCUCUUUCCCAAGGAAGAGUUGCAGCAUUACCGCACCACACUCCGUGGCAAGAUCUAUGUGCGCUUCAUAAACACGAAGGGCAACAAGAGAGUCAGCCCUGCCUCAACCCGUCAAAUGUCAAAGCGUAGACGCCGCUGAUCGAUCGCUCGUGCAGCAGAGCGACCGAGCACCAAGCCGGAGAU